AAACAAAAGAAAUGUAAACAUUUACUAUAUUCUAUACGCAAAAAUAGAAUCACCUGUAAUCUCGCCUGAGUCUUGGUGGGCUAGAAGAACGAAGGGAAUUUGAUCUAGCGACUGUGCUAGUCUUAGGUAGUCCAUUUUCUGUGGUCUUAUCGCUGAACGAUAUCCUUGCUUUAAGAUCAUUGUGACCUCGAACAAUGGUCUUCAAGUCAAGUAUUUCUGUGGGUGUUAUUUCGCUGGGGUCCACCAAGGGCAACGGACGGUUGGUGGACUUUAAUAUUUGAUUGUUUCCCACAAUAGAGGCCCAUUGCAACGGGAGUCCGAUAAACUUUCCCUCCCGCUUGUCAAAUCCAGUAUGUACACGAUGUUCAAAGUUUGUGGGAGUGGAUAUCUGUGGUUUCUUCUUCUUUUUGGCGAACAUCGCCCCUCCUGUUGUAAAUAAGAUUAAUAAAAAAAUAAUAAUACACCAAGUAGCAUGCCAUUUUAAUUGUUCAUACGCUUUUCUGUAAAUGUGCGAGCAAUACGUUAAUUGGUCCUUUUAAACAAAAAGAAGUUCGAUCGUAUAUGUCACUUUCCGCAACUGUUUAAAAUUCGAAGCAUAUUUGAAAAUAUCGAACGCGAAUUGCACGUACGUCGAAUACGAUCAGUUCGUUCCGGGGAGGAAGCUAGGCUACGCAUUGUUGUCGAAAAUUUCGAGAAAUUAAUACAGACGGAGGGAAGCAAAAUGACAGGAACGCCUACCAGUACGUGAUGCGACCGCCUUAAAAGUGGAUUCUUUCGGCCGUUGGUUAUGUCUUCCAGGGCUCAAGCUGUUCCUGUAAUCUCACACCGAUUCAAGAAUACGGCAGACCGAAGAUAGUGGCGAAACAUAUGAAAAUCUCGUUGGUAAAAUAAGUAAAUACGACAUUUAGCCUUUCGACAGUUUCGACAGGCCGUUUAUACACCGGCGCUCCGCGCGGAGAGCUUACGAAUCUUUCCUGGCAUUUGGCUCAUGACAAUUUACUUAAAUGUGCGUGAGCUAGCACCUGCAAUGAGAUUACUACAAUGAACACAACGCACGGAAAACUGUGUCGAGAGAAAGCGAAUUAUCGAUCGUGUUUCGAGGAGGGAAAGAUUUACCAAUUUACGAUCACUGUACCGUGUAAAAUUCUACACGAACGACUACCAUUGCUUUUACUAUUAAUAUUAUAAAUCCGUAACACGAACUUUUUACACGAAACGAAUUGUUCUUGCAGACGACGUUGCAGCGGACGAUUCUCCAAGCACCAAAACGUUAUGAAUGAAAUCAAAAUAGCAGCCAAACUUUCAUUCCUUACGAUCGGAUUUUUUAUUUAAUUAUCGAAUGAAGUUAUGCUCUUUAUAGGUAGCGUUGUCAAGAGCAUUUCUACGAUCAUCUUGUUCGAAAUGGGGAAAAGUAUGGUUGCCCACGAUCAGCUCGACCAAUCGUUCUACGAAGAUAUUAAAUAUGCAGAUUCCGCGGGAAGGUAAACGUUUUCUCCUUCAGUUUGAAAGUUUAAUCGGAUAAACGGUUAGCAGCAUUUAUCUUUUAUUCGUGGCUACUCAAUGCCGCAGGAAUCGUACGAUCCGACGAUAAUGUAAAAAAAAUUUCAACCGCGCACGAUGUUGUAAGAUCAAAUAUUCAACGGUUUUCUACCCAUGUUGUUUCCAAGCCGCGUUCAAAGUUCUCGCAGUACUAUUGGCAACUUGUACUUAACAGUUUCGUCGGAAAUUAUAGCUAAAAGGGAGCGACGGCAGAACUUAUUUCAGUUUUAAAAAUGGUUACUUCGAAACAGAUCCACGAAGCAGAUUACGACUGGGCUGUCGGUAUUAGUCGUAAUUGCCUAAGGCUGAUUUGCCUUUGGCCUCGAGAGUCUUGCGGUAAAAGAAAAUUGCUGGACAAUCUCUGCGUAAUGACGAUCGUGCUGACAUUUAGCGUUUUCGUGGUAAUUCCUAGUGUGCUUUUGUUAUUGAAGCAGAACGACUUAAAAACGAUCAUAGACGACGGUUCGUACUGCAUAGCGGCUCUCUCCUUGGUACCAAAAUUUCUUAUCAUUCACGGAAAACGGAGUGUGAUCCUAAACGUGCUGAACAUGAUGGCAAUAGACUGGGAAAAAUCCAAGACGGACGAGGAAAAGAAUAUUAUGUUUUAUUACGCGAACAUUGCACGAGUUGGCAGCAUCUUGGGCUUCACGUUCGGGUUCAUCGCGAUAUUCCUGAUAACCAUUCUGCCAAAAUUUGGCAUACAAGUGCGACACACGGAAGACGGGUUGGACAUGUUCCCGUAUCCGUGUUAUUACGUCUUCGACGUCUCCCGAAGUCCCUACUACGAAAUAAUCUACACCAUUCAAAUUUUCAUGAUGGCACUGAUCCUAUUGUCUUAUAUUGGAAUCCACAUGUUUUUUGGAACGCUGUUCCUUCACAUAUGUGGCCAAGCUAAAAAUCUUCGAGCUCGGAUCGAGAAUGAAAAGAAAUUCGAAGAUUUUAGACGAACUAUGACGUCGAUCGUAUCGGAUCACUUGCGAGUUAUCAGGAUGGUGAAAAUGAUCGAAAGCACCUUUUCGCAGAUACUCGUUACGAUGAUAAUAAUAUUUGGAGUAAUUACUUGUGCUUAUUUGACGAGCAUAAUUUCCAUGUUCGCUGAGAGUGACACGAUCUCUCUGACGCGGCUGUCCUAUCUGGUGUUCUCGAUUUGCACCAAUCUCGUUCAAAUGUUAUUUUAUUUUCUUACCGGGCAAGAGCUAGCGAAUCAAUCCGAAGGUAUAUAUGACGCCACCUACGAGUGCGGAUGGCUGAAUUUAAAGUCGAACGAAGCGAAAAGUUUGAUACUUGUUAUGGUCAGAUCGCAGAAGCCGCUAAUCGUUACCGCGGGAAAACUGUUUCCCGUCACCUUUCUCACGUUCGGUGGCGUAAUGAAGCUAUCCUUCAGCUACGUAUCUUUCCUACUCACGAUGCUAUAAUCACGAACGUCUGGAAAAGAGAAACGCUAAUUACUUCAUCGAACGUAUCAAGCCGCCUGUCAGAAGAAUCGUUUACGUUGACGCUAGACGUGAGAGGAAUUCGCGCGAUGUCGGAAUUAUGUAGAAUCUAUUAAGGAGUCCUUUGAAAAAAAAACGAUGUUUUCUAUUUAGUAAAGAGACUAUAAUGAUGAGAACAUGAGGUGAUCAAUGAAAGCUCGUUACGAAACUGGAAGAUGCCCGGUAGAGGAAUCCUUACAAGUGUUUCGUUUCCAUCGAAGGUCCAUCGUUUAUUUUAAUUAUAACAAGAUUUCCCGCGUGUGCGUAUGUGUGUACAUAUCUCCGUACAGAUAGAUAAGUACCUAGUCGAAUGUACAAUUAGCUGCACGCCUUACACUGUACGCUAUGAAUAUAAAUAUUACGAGUGAGGCUAUUUACAUACAAUCCUAUCUCGAGAUCCAUAUCAAGAUCCAUAGUCCGCGAAACAUGUAUCCGAUAACGAGGUAUUCCUAAAUGACAUGAAAACAUAAAUUCUUUAGUUGUGCAACCUCAAUAACGGCAGCCGGUUAUUAAAAAUGAUUUCUAUCGCGAUAUUCAAUUUUUUUUCUUUGUGUAAUCAUCGGAUCGUGGUGUCGAUAAAGUCUGUAUCAGAGAAAAAAGCGAGAUUAUGGUUUCCGGUUACACGGUUAUCCGGAUGCACAUCUCUAUCGAUCGAUCUCGAAUCGUGGAACACGAUUGCUCGAUUAUUAUUAUUUAUUUUUUCAUGUAGAGUGAUCGAUUAUCUCGAGAAUAAUACACAAAUUUUGUUUAUUUUCAUCGGGUCCGACGUUGCAUCUUUCUGUACAGAUAAAAGAUACGCUUCUCUCGGAGUUUCGUUAUCGAUCACGAUCAUUCAACUCAUCGAGUUCCGUGUAUAACGUAUUACACAGAGUGGAGAGACCAGUAUAGUUUUCUGAUACAUACAUAAGAAAAUCGAUCGAACAGGAAGACAAAUUUAAUUCGUUUGUGAAAAAAAAUCCGCACGCGUUCACGGCCAAAACGUGUAAGCGAAGAUUACAGGAAGGACGUAUUACAGGAAGAGACAAAGGACAGAAUUAAAGAAGUCUCAAUAUGCGCGUUUUGCUAAACGAGUGAGAUGUAUGAUCCUCGUU